AUGUCUGCAUCAAAAGGAUUUGCCGUCAUCGCCGGCGUUGGACCCGGAACGGGCGCCUCCAUCGCCCGCAAGUUUGCAAAAGCAUACCCAGUCGUCUUGCUAGCACGUAACCCGGCCAACUACGAGGGCGUCGUCUCCGAAAUCAACUCGUCCGGCGGCAAAGCUGUCGGCAUCAGCACCGACGUCGCAGACGCAGCCUCGGUCAGCAACGCAUUCAAAAAGAUCACAUCCGAACUAUUCCCAAACACGCCUCUGGCUGCAGCCAUUUUCAACCCGGGCGGCGGGUUCGCGCGCAAGCCGUUUUUGGAAUUGACCGAGGCCGAGUAUACGAACAGCAUCGAUAUCCAGGCAAAAGGCGGGUUCUUGUUUUCCCAGGCGUCGCUCCCUUUGCUGCUCAAGGGAGUUGAGGAAAAGAGCGAGCAUCCGCCUAGUUUGAUCUUUACAGGAGCAACGGCCAGCGUCAGAGGCUCUGCCAAUUUCGCCGGCUUCGCAAGCGGGAAAUUUGCUCUUCGUGCGCUGUCGCAGUCUCUGGCAAGAGAAUUCGGGCCCAAGGGAGUGCAUGUCUCGCAUAUCAUUGUCGAUGGAAUUAUUGACAUUCCGCGCCUCAAGCAUUACCAAUUGGAGCACGAAGAUGCCAAGUUGAGUCCUGAUUCGAUUGCCGACUCGUAUUGGUUCCUGCAUACGCAGCCGCGGACAACGUUUGCGUUUGAGCUCGAUUUGAGACCCGCCGGAGUCAUCGGCCUCUCCACAGCCUUGCGCCUGCAAUCGAGCCUCCUUCCCUCCCAGCGCAUCCUCAUAAUCGCGCGCAACCUGCCACACACAGAGUCCGUCGACUACGCCAGUCCCUGGGCCGGAGCGCAUUACCGGCCUGUUCCAGGAUCAAGCGCACAAGUACAGAAAGAAUCACAAUGGGCACGACAUACAUACCAGACAUUCCAGCGCAUCGCCUCCGAAGACGUCUCGUCCGGAGUGAAGUUCAUGCCAGGCAUUGAGCAUUUCGAGUCUCCGACACCGGAAUACGUCGAUGCAGCUCUCGAUGUAAACAGUUCUGUGUAUGCGCAUCUCGGUCCUUCAUUCAGAAAUAUCCCGCAAAGGGAGCUCCAGGUAGACAGCAAUCUUAAAUUGGGCAUUGAAUACUGGACGUAUUGCGUCAAUACGCCCUUGUAUCUGGGCUGGCUGCUUCGGAGGUUCGUGCUUGGAGGUGGUCAGGUGCGGCAGCAUGCGUUGUCUUCACUUGAUGAAGCGUUUGUUGUCGGUGCUAGCGAUGGAGAUGGUAUUGUAAAGACUGUUGUGAAUUGCUCCGGCACAGGGUUCAACGAUGAAAAGAGCUUUAUUAUCAGAGGACAAACAUGCCUCGUCCGCAACCAAAUCCCUUAUACUUUAACCCGCCAUAACGCAGAUGGAACCUGGUCGUUUGCUAUUCCCCGACCUCUAUCAGGCGGUACAAUCAUCGGCGGCACCAAACAGCCUAAUGACUGGAAUCCAUAUGCACUCCCUGAAAUCAGAGAAACGUUACUGCGCAAAGCUGCGAAAUGGUUCCCAUUUAGCGGCAGCGAAAAGGCCGAGUUCAGCGUUAUCCGUGAUGUCGUCGGACGCCGGCCGGCGAGAGAAGGCGGGGUCCGGAUUGAGGUUGAACGAGUAGAUGUCGUUGCGGCUGAUACCUUGGAUGGGCAGAAAAGAGAAAGGAAAAAUGUAGUACACGCAUACGGACUCGGAGGCAGAGGCGUCGAGUUGUCGUGGGGCGUGGCAGAAGAAGUCAGGGGAUUGAUGCUACAGGAACGGCUUAUUGUAGAAAGAGCUUCUUUAUAG